AUGUCCCAUUCAACACGCCGUAGGUUUCGGUUUACUGCUUACAAAAUAGCGACCCCUACUGGGGACAGCAGUUAAACAGUGGUCAAAUAGUGACAACUGGUGGAGAAAUACUAGAUAAACAGUUGUAGAACAGCGACACCUGCUGGAGUAACAGCAGAUAAAUACUGGUAAAAUAGAGACAACUGGUGGGGAAACAGCAGACAAUCACUGGUAGAACAGCGACACCAGUUGGACAAACACCGGAUAAACAUUCUACAGGUCUUUGACUGUCAGAGACAUGCGGGGAACGGGUUGUCAAUCGAUCACUUGCAGGUGUGCUAUACACUAACUUUUAAAAGUGUACGCAAUCAAAGGUUCCUGUCUUCAGGAUGACCUUAAAAGUGAUUUAUUUCAUGGUGAACGGCCGAUUGGAGCAUGCAGAGUUCCGGACCGAUUGCUCAUCGACGGAUGUUAAAGACCUGCUCCGAGCCUCGGUGGAAGCCGGCCCGCACGACAUCCUGACGAUGUACGACGCCGAGGGGAAUGUGGUCAAUAUCUCCUCCAGUCUGACGGCCAAUGACGUCAACACAUGCUACAGACUGGAGGUGGUGGCGUCCGAUCUUCAGAAUCGGGCUUUAGCCGUGCCGACCGAGCUGCGCAACAUGGACAACAGGCUGGAAAACCUGGAAACAAAGGUGCUUGAAGAUACUGGGAAAACCAAAGAUCUCAAGAGCCAAGUGGAAUCUUUCAAGAGGAAGCUAGAGAACGUGGAGCACCGGAGCUGGAUCGGUCUCUUCAAGGGGCAGGAGAGGCCUCAGCGCCGGGCCAGCCAGGGGCACCGGCCCGUGCAGGACGAGCAGGCGCAGGUCCGCCGGACGUUCCGCCACAUGAGCUCCCUGCAUGUGAAUGAUAAAGUGAGGGAAUACCUAAAGACCCCCCUCUUUGACAACUGGCAAUGGGAGGAGGCCGAGAUGCUGGUGCUGCUGCAGGUGAUGUACACCGACCUGGACUUCGUCAACGCCUUCCACAUCGAGGUCGACGUUCUCCAGAACUUCCUGUUUGAAGUCUACCGCCACUACAACAACAUCCCCUUCCACAACUUCCAGCACUGCUUCUGCGUAACUCAAAUGGUAUCAAACCUGCCGACGCGCCCUUGUGGUUCCCUCGGUCCCUCUCAGACAGGCUGGCAUCUAACACAAACACAUGCACACACACACACACACACACACACACACACACACACACACACACACACACACACACACACACACACACACACACACAGGUCUGAACGAGGUCUCCUGUGGUGGCAGAUGUACGGGCUGAUCUGGCUGACGGACCUCAGGUGUAAACUGGAGAGAAUCGACCUGUUCGUCAUGCUGACGUCGGCUCUCUGCCACGACCUGGACCACCCCGGCUACAACAACGUCUACCAGAUCAACGCCCGGACGGAUCUGGCCCUGCGCUACAACGACAUCUCGCCGCUGGAGAACCACCACUGUGCCGUGGCCUUCGCCAUCCUGGCAAAGCCAGAGUGCAACAUCCUGAAGAGUCUUACAUGCAAUCAGUACAAACAUAUUCGAGCAGGAAUGAUCAAGUGUAUUCUAGCCACGGACAUGGCACGACAUAACGAGAUACUCAACAAGUUCAAAGUCACACUGCCUGUGUUUGACUUCAGGACAGAAGGUCAUAAGGAAGUGCUGAUGAAGAUCAUGGUGAAGGUGAGCGACAUCUCCAACGAGGCCAGGCCCAUGGCCGUCGCCGAGCCCUGGCUGGACUGUCUCCUGCAGGAGUUCUUCAACCAGAGCGACUCUGAGAAGCUGAAGGGUCUCCCGGUGACUCCCUUCAUGGAUCGGGAUAAAGUCUCCAAGCCCUCCUCCCAGACCGGCUUCAUUCGCUUCGUGCUUCUUCCUCUCUUCACGGAGCUCACCAAGCUCUUCCCCUGCCUGGAGCAACAUAUCUUGGAGCCCGUGCGGAAGGCCCUGGACUACUACUCAGACCUGGAGAAAGAAGCCCAGGCAGAAGCAGGCUGCGCCAAGCCAUGAUGAGGCCGGAGCCAGACCUCACACACACACACCCACACAGACAGAUACACACACACGCACACGCACGCGCACACAAACAUAGACACAGAAACAAAGACACACACACACACGCACGCACGCGCGCACGCACUUGCACGUUGACUCCCUCCGGAUGAAGGCCCUGUUUGAGUAGCUCUCCUCAAGUUAUCAAGUGGCUAACAUUUGAGAAAAAAUACUAGAAUCAUAGUACGUUUUAGUCUUACACUAGCAUUUAGAAUCCUUGCACUGCCCGACCAUACUCCCUUCACUCACUAGGUCUGGGAUGAGUUUGUUGACGGCUGUCGUCUGUCAAACCUUUCCUGGCAGCCGAUUGGAUGAGCUUCAGCGGGCUGGGCUGGGGCUAGGGUGGCUCAUUGGCCGACAGAAUUGGAAGGAGGCCGAACUGCCCGUGCUGGCUGCCUCCAGGGUAACAUCUCGAGGUCAGACCGGAGGAGAGCCUGCCACAUUCAGACUUGCUUCCGAUUCAACUCACAAAGGACAACAGACCCCCUCUUUGUAAGCCAUGAUCAACUGAGCACAUCAUUAUUGAUUUAUUUGUGGAAUUGAUUGAUCUAUUGAUUUGUUUUGAUAUUCAAAAUGUAUGCGUCUAGUCACAAGCCCUUUUUAUUCAGAAAUACUGAAAUAUUGCUGUAAAGUAGAUCCGGCAUUAUGCUGGCGUUUCUUUUAUUUACAUUGGAUUCAUUAUUAUUAUUUGACCAAUCAAGGCUUGAAUUGUAAUGUCACGAGUCUUCAAUAUCUUAAAUUAUUGCUUUUGGCAAACAUAGGUUGGAUUCUUUGUAUUUUUAAAUAAGCAUGAUUUCUCUUUAUACUUUAAGCCAUAUGUAAAUAUAUGUAUUAAUUAACUGUACCACUUGAAUUGUUUAUUGUUUAAAUUCUUUUAUGAAAAAUGGUUGGCUCAUUGUUAUUUUAUUGUGUUCUACAGGAAUUAAUAAAGAUCAAGAAUACAGAAUACAAAUAU